UUGCGCAGGGCAGUUGACAUCGGCGAUGGCUUGCGUGAGGCGCGCUGAAGACGACACGCAGACGUAUUUUCGAAGAACUUUGUAACUCGUAGCCUUCUAGUCACGUUAACGAAAUCAAACUAUUUGAAUACCUAGUUAUUUCAUAGGUUGUUAAUUGGACAAAUGUUACAUACGAUUGUUGAUAUUGGUAAAUUAUGCUGACCAGUAGCUAGCAACCAAACUAUCUCGACAGUCAGGAUUAUUUAUGCAACACUGUAACGAGGAAAGUAUUAGCUGGGCAUGCUAGUUAGCUAGUUAGCCAAGGGAUUGGUUGCAAGUUGCCUAUUCCGAAGAGGAAACUAUAACAAAGUGUUAUCGUCUUGGCGAUUUAAAGUAAGCUUAUAUACCAUUCGACCGAAGAACUGAAGGUAGCCAAGUGUUUCUCCCCGGCCUGGGGUUGCUCCCACCAAGCCGGGUGAAUUGCGAAGAUACUGGCCGGUGCCAAAAGAUCUGCGUGCCCUCGUUGAUGAGGCGACAAUGCUCGAAAUUAUGUCUGACCAUCAAGAUUCAUUACUGAAGUGCAAAUCGGAGCCUCUGCCCCCAGAGAGGAGAAAGAGGACAGUAGAGGACUUCAACAAGUUCUGCAGUUUUGUGCUUGCUUAUGCAGGCUAUAUCCCCUCCCCCAAAGAGGAGAGCUCUUGGUCGCCGACCUCAUCCAGCUCCCCGCACAGCUCUGGAGCAUCAGGAGAAGGGGGGAGCACAGCGCUGGGGGGCAGUUGGCGAGAUGGCUCCUCAGAUUUGCACACCAUCCACACAUUUGUGAAGAAGGCCCGCUCCAACAAGGGUUCCAGCAAGAGUAUGCGACGCCUGCCCUCCGACAGCACCCUGCUAGAUAAAAUGCGCCUGAAAGACUCACUAUACGAGAGCCACGUUACCGCUGGCAAGACAGCUGAGCGCAAGAAAGACAAGAAGCUGAAGCGUAUGUCAGGAGGAGGGCCGGAGAGUAGCAGCAGCGGCGGGGAGAAGCGGGCGCGCAUCAAGCGUAGCCGCAACCCAAAGCAGCCCAAAGCACUGAAGAAGGUUAAGAGCCCACCACAGAGCGAGACGGACUCAGAGCUGGGGCUGGGGGAGGCACGCGAGAGGCGGCCAGAACUGGCCGAGAGAGGAGAAACGGCACCAACAGCGGUGGCUGGAGGGACGGUUAAGGCGGAGAGGGAUGCGGAGAUGAGUUCGAGCGAAGGCGAGACAUGGAUUGCGGAUGAAGAUAUUAUGGUAGAGUCUGGUGAUGACUCCUGGGACUUGAUUACCUGUUAUUGCGGAAAGCCUUUUGCCGGACGGCCCAUGAUUGAGUGCAACCAGUGUGAGGUGUGGGUACACCUCUCUUGUGCUAAGAUCAAAAAGUCCAAUGUACCUGACAUCUUUUACUGCCACAAGUGCAGGGACUGUCGACGGUCUGGUGGAAACAAGAAAGACCCUUAAAUAUUUAAGUGCUGAGAAUGUCUUGAAUAUGGAAGUUUCACUGCAUUUAAAUCCUUGUUAGAAGAAUGUUUCUGUUUUGUUUUUGUUUUGAAUGAAUACAACUGGUUGGUAACCCUAAACCGGCUCCUGGCUGACAACUUGAAAACAACAACAACAACAACAACAAAAAUCACUUUAGGUUAAGAUCCAGAUUAGACAAUCACUGUCCUGCCUAAGUAAACAAAGUCACAUUACUUUUCUUGUGCUUUUUUUUCUUUUUCAGUACAAAAUUAAGAAUUCAGUGCUCAGAAUUUUUCACUUGGACUUGGUUACAAAGUUAUAACCUACAAUUUGCAGCUUGUUUUCAAUCAUCUUCAGAUGCCUCCACAACACAACUUGUUUUCUUGUGCACUAAUAGCAGACCCUGGUCCUCAGGGUAUGAAUCAAAGCUUUGAGGUGUCAUUGUUUAGGAUUCACCUUGUCUGUGUGGUUGGAUGCCAAUUCAGAUUUCUGAUGAUGCCUUCCUUCUUUUGUCAGUAGGUUCACAGCUCUGUCUUAAUAUGGUGGAGUGGACAAGGGUUGCCACAGUAGCUAGGCGUUUUUCUCACUGGUAAAUUGCAAGUGCAUAAAAGGGAAGUUGUAUAUGGUUAUGUGAAUGGUUUUCAUAAAACGGCAACCCUCAUUUGAGGUGUACACAAACCUUCAAUUCUGCUACCAUAAUCAACCCAUCUGUUUGCAUUCAAGAGUUCCCUUGCCUGAAAGGGAAGCGAACCAGUGAUUUCCAGAAGUGUAUUUAACCAGUACUAAAAUCUUCAGCAUGUUUUGACGUUCUUCAUUUGAUUGUUUUUUUGUUUGUUUGUUUUUUAAAGUUUUUUUUCUUCUUGCAGCUGCUAACAUGGAAUACUGGCUACCAACCAUUUUGAUGCAUUCUAUUACCGUUUCUGUUUGUUUUUGAGCUGUUAUAUCUGUCUUUUAUUCCAGUCUUCAGAUGGCACUUACCAACAUGUAAAGCCUGUAGGACUUCUCAAAAAGAGGAGCCUUCAACUUGGAUUUCUUCAUUCUGUAUCGGCAAGGCAGUUCGCCUGACUGCUAUUUAUGACUGCACUGGUUGUGUGUUUUCACCUGGAGUUUAACCAGGCAAGCUGUUUAAAUUGGUCCCUUUUUUUUUUUUUAGUUUCAGACUCAGCAGGUCGUGGAAGAUUCAGUUUUAUGUAAUGGAGGACUGGGGCCUAUAUUUGCGCCCUGUGGUCGUCAUUAGGCUGUCAUUAAAUCUGCAUGGUUGGUUGUAAUGAAGUUUUUUUGUUUGGGUUUUUGUUUUUUAAUUCUGUCUGAGGAACUGGCUAAGUCACCCCCAAGUCAGACCAAGCCCUACCCCCCUCAUGCUACGGGUUGUCUCUUCUUAAGCUAGUUUUGAGACUAGGUUUUGUUUGUGUGUACAGUGAAAAGUAAGAGUUUAUGGCACUCAAGAGUGUUGUGGCAUUAAGUCCAUCAAGUCUUUUUUUUUUUUUAUAUCAGUUUUGUUUGUAGGUGGGGGGUGUGGUUUUUAUUAGAAUCCCCAAAGGCCAGCACCCUUUGACCCAGUGUAUAUAUACCUUGUCCUAUUGAGAACUGUACAUACAAGAGUGAGAAUAGAACAGAUAGCCAAGCAAAGGUUAUAUUUUUGGCGUCUUAUUUCUUUAAAGUAGCUUGGGAAAUAAUAAGACAAAUAAAUCUUUCUUUUCGAUGCUCA